ACACAAACAAUCGCUAGAAUCUACGACUGCGAAGAACAACAAUUCCUUGUUUAUCUAUGGCGAAUUCCGGCGCUGAGAAGUUGAAGCUGUACUCUUACUGGAGAAGCUCGUGUGCUCAUCGUGUCCGUAUCGCCCUCGCUUUAAAAGGGCUUGAGUAUGAGUAUAUACCAGUGAAUUUGAUCAAGGGUGAUCAAUUCGAUCCAGAUUUCAAGAAGAUCAAUCCAAUGGGUACUGUACCAGCGCUUGUUGAUGGCGAUGUCGUGAUUAAUGAUUCUUUUGCCAUCAUAAUGUAUCUGGAUGAGAAGUAUCCUGAGCCACCUCUGUUACCCCGUGACAUCCAUAAACGGGCUGUGAAUUUCCAGGCGAUGAGUAUUGUCCUGUCUGGCAUACAACCUCAUCAAAAUUUGGCUGUUAUUAGGUAUAUUGAGGAAAAGAUAAAUGCGGAGGAGAAAACUGCUUGGGUUAAUAAUGCUAUCACAAAAGGAUUUACAGCUCUCGAGAAACUGUUGGUGAAUUCCGCUGGCAAACACGCGACUGGUGAUGAAAUUUACCUGGCUGAUCUCUUUCUAGCACCACAGAUCCAUGGAGCAAUCAACAGAUUCCAGAUUAACAUGGAACCGUACCCAACUCUUGCAAAAUGCUAUGAAUCAUACAACGAACUGCCUGUGUUUCAAAAUGCACUCCCGGAAAAGCAGCCAGAUGCUCCUUCCACCAUCUGAUUCUGUGAACCCGUAAGCUACUCUCAGCUUAAUAAAACCUCAGACAACAA